AAUUUUAAUGGGUGGAUGUAUGGGCCCGGGUCUUGCGUACCGUUAUGUACUGGAAACCAAUACGAAGUGGGGACGAGAAGUCGGGUGAGGUUACGUCUUGAGCUCGACGCCGUCAGUUUUCAGACGUUGAAGAACUCUAGAUAUUUAUUAACCGCGGUUGGGUUAGUAGUCCAACUCCAGUCACCGCCUUCCCGAUUUAAACACCGUGGAGCGUCAGGCAGAGUUCGACGGAAGAGUAACAAGGCGACCGAGCGGGAGAGGAAGACGAUGAUGAUGAUUGGGCGAGGGGUCAACCAUCAAAAUCCGACCGUGCACGUUCCUCCUUGGUUCUCUCUCGAGGAUACGGCGACCGGCGACGGCCUCUUCGACGAUGCAGCUCUCGCUGCGCUGCAGCUUUAUUUUGGAGAGGAGGCAGGUGAGGACUCACCGCCGGUGGUGGACGCAUACGCUUCCGAUGAGUUCCGGAUGUAUGAGUUCAAGGUGCGACGGUGCGGCCGGGGGCGAGCCCACGACUGGACCGAGUGUCCCUUCGCGCACCCGGGCGAGAAGGCCCGUCGCCGCGACCCUCAGAAGCAACGGUACUCCGGCGCCCCGUGCCCGGAAUUCCGAAAGGCCGGUGGGUGCAAGCGCGGCGACGGUUGUGAGUUCGCACACGGCGUGUUCGAGUGUUGGCUCCACCCGGAGCGAUACCGCACCCAGCCCUGCAAGGACGGCACGGCCUGCCUCCGCCGCGUUUGCUUCUUCGCCCACACACCCGACCAGCUCCGCCUGGUGCCGACGCCGCAGCAGCACCAGAAGUGUUCCCCGUCGACCGCGGCUGCCGAGUCAAACUGCCUACAAACGUACCUCGCCAAUACUCUGGCUUCAUCGCCUACGUCGCCGCCGAUGUCUCCGUCGACCGAGUCUCCGCCAAUAUCGCCGAGCAGCACGAAGCUGCGGCGAACGUCGUGGCAAGCCGGCUCGUCGGUGAACGAGAUCGUGGCUUCGUUGAGGCAGCUACAACUGGCGAAGGCGAAGUCGGUGCCUAGCUCCUGGGCGUUCCAGGCGACUGGAAGCGGCGGCGGGUUCUCCUCUCCUACGGCCGGGUUUAAUUCCGGCUUCUAUAGCACGCCCUCGACUCCCACAUCGACCGGCUGGCUGGAGGAAGAGGAGGCUCCGAAGAGGGUCGAGUCAGGGAGGCCCCUGAGGGCGAAGAUGUUCGAAAGACUGAGCAAAGAAAGCAUCUUUGAGAUGGCAGAAGCCGCAACGCCGGACGUGCAGUGGGUCUCCGAGCUGCUCCAGUAAAUCAUAAGAAAUCGUGAAGAAUCUCAGAAACCUAAACCAUCAUCCUCAUUCUUUGUCACCAUGCAUAUACAUAUCCUCCAAAACCUCAAAAUCUCCAAAAUCACAAAAAAAAAAAAAAAAAAAAAAAAAAGGUGUUCUUGAUUGUGCAUAUAAAUAACGACGAAGGAUAAAGAUCAACUUUUCCUGUACAAAGACGAAUCACAAGUAGCGAUGGAAGCAAACCUUGUGAUUUUUGGAUCACUGGUUAGUGUCUGCUGUCAGUCUGGUCCUGUGGAGAGUUUUAAUCGCUUUAAUCAUGCUAGCGUGUCUCCUUCAUUGUUGUUGUCAACCUUUCUUUCUAUCCAAUAAAUUUUCUGCCGAUUUUCCCCCCA